GAUACAAUUUUCAAAAAUUUGGCAAAUUAAACACCAACGCCAAAAUGCUUUGUGAUGAUGAUUUUAUAUGCUUAUGGUCACUACAAACCCAUCCAACAAUCACUACAAGUGAUGCUUCUCCAUCAUCAGAAUCAGUUAGUUUAUCAACAGCUAAAAAUGUAUGGUCAAAUGAAAAAUCACAGAAACCCGAUCCGAUGCAAUUGCUAUUUCGAAGUCAUAGUCAUGGAAAUACCGAUUCAGGCAUUACCUCUCCUAACAGUCAACACAACAUUGAAGAGGAGCUAAAUUUGAUGGAUGUGUCUAAUGAUGAAUUACGGUUACGCAUAAAUGGCAUGUUACGCAAAUCGACGCUUGAUGAUGAAGACAAACAAUGUUUACAACAUUUAUCAACAAUGAUACAACAAAUGGACAUAUUCUCACAACGUAGCGGACCAGACUCUCUAAACACAACCUCUUCUAGUGAUGAACCUAGCAGUCUUGAAUUGGUUAAAUCGCGUAUUUCAGACUACAGUUCGGCUUCUUCUUCUUCCAGUAGUCGUUCAGCAAAUGAUAAUCACUCAAAUAAUGUAAAAUCAUUGAAAUCCAUCGUACAGACAACAAAUUCUCGUAUAGUUGCAACCGUUUCACCGUAUAACAGUUCACCUCAGCAUCAAGUACCCACAAAUACACCAACAGAUUCUCCGCGCAAGCAACGACAAGCCUGGCAAAGUAACAGUUUAAGUGAGAGUGGUGUUUUUGUGGAAUCAGAUUUUCUAAGUGAUACUAGUGAGAAUAACGCUUAUACCCAAACUGACUUUGAGGAGGAGACUAUUUCAACAGCGUCUCGUUUAUUCAAUGCAGAAUUACAAAAACUUUGUUCUGAUGCGAAAUUUAUCCAUAAAGUACCUGCAGCACAACUUAGUCCAAACUUAAGCGAACAGAAACGUUUGCAAUAUUAUAAGGAACGCUUAGAGUUGUUGGAGAGUAAAGUUCUUAUAUACGAAAGUUCUGGUGAUAUACAAGCUAAGCGUUUAGCUGAUCGGCUACAGCGGGAAAUUCAAUUAGAAAAGCAAUUGAGAGAGUUACAAGAUCGUGUCGAGUUUCUAGAAAGCGAAAAUUCCACACUUGAAGAAGAAAAGUGCGAGUUUGAAGAAGCCGAAAAUGAUACACGUUUACGUUUGCAAAGGCUUGAGGUUGAACUGGAAAUAUUAAGACAACGCAACGUUGAGCUUGAAAUGUCCAGAGAGGCACUAAGUGCCAAAUAUAAAGACUGCCGAUCAGAGUGCCUUAUAUUACGUGACGAUUUAUCAGUGAGCGAAACUCAAAUACGACACCUCGAAGAGGACAAACAAAAAGCCAAAGAGAACUUAGAAUUCUUACACAAUACAGUUUGGAUAAUACUUUUAUAUAACGCAUUAGUUGUUGCACCCAUACGAAAGCAAAAAAGUGCAACAAAAUUAACAGAAAACUUGACAAUGGGUAAUACCGAAUCACAUCCAUGCUUUUGUGCGAAUAAUGCACUCAGUGGCAAGUGUUCAAGUGGUAGUAGUCGGGGCGGGAUUAUAGAUGAAGAGAUUAGCAAAGUUGAAGUGCAAUGUCUACGAGAUCAGAUUACGUGCUUACAACAUCAAUUGAAGGAAAUGGAUGCACGUCAUUAUGAGGCUAUGGAAAUUGCAGAUGCCCAUUGGCAUGAUCUCGAAGCAAACUAUAAGGAGCGAGAACAAACGCUUAUGGCUAAAGAAAUGUGUCUUAAACAAAAAAUUAAUAGACUACAAGAUGUUUUACGUGACGAUGCACGCGCUGCGGAUGAAAAAAUACUCUGUAUGGAAGAAUCCGAAAAGGAAUUAAAGAGUUGCAUAAUGAGGUUAACUAAAGAAUACAGGGAUUUGAAUGAUGAAUACAAGUGUUUAUGUUGUGAAAUUGAGCAAUUCAAAGAAAAACAAGAAACGCUCGAAGAUAAACAGAAACCUUUACUGGAUGCACUUGAGCAAGAAAAGAAAGCAAAUAAAACUUUAAGAGACGAAGUCAAUUUUAUGUGUAAACUUCAACAGGAAACCGAAAAAAGUAAUUUGACAGAAAUAGAGUGUCUACGUGGAAAGUUGUAUGACUUGAAAAAGGAAACUUUGCAUAUAGAAGUAACAAACAGUGAACUACGUGAGGAGGUGGAAACACUGGAAGCACAAAUUAAAGCUAUGGUUAUUAGGGAAAAAGAAAAUGAUGAUAAAAUACGCGUACUGACAGAUGAAUUACGCAAUAAGGAGGAGCUUUGUCAAAAAUAUGAAAAGCAAUUUGAUAAUCCUUGUGAUGGUUCUAGUUUGGCUGACGAAUUAGGAGCUGGACCUUCUAAACGACAUCGCCGUGAGGAGGUGCAUGAUUUGAAAACAGCAACCGAAGGUCUAGUGAAAGUUCUCAACACUUUGCAUGGUUGUAAUUUACCAACUGAAAGAUACUUUAGAUGUGUAGCAUUAGAAGUACAGAAAUUAGCAGAAAAAGUUUUGUCUACUCAAAAAGGUACUGGUGACGAUAAGGGUAAAGAUAAAGAUAACGAUAAGGAUACAGAUAAAGACACAGAUAAAGAUAAAGACACAGAGAAAGAUGAAGGGAAGAAUAUAGAUGGUGCAGCUGUAUUGGUUGUUAUAGAAGAUGUUGAAGACGUUGAAGAUUUAGUAAAAAAUCCUACAACUAGUAAUCCCCCAAUAGAUACUGUAGAAAAUAUUGUAACUGAACAAGAACCACAAAAUGAACCUGACCGUGAUACUGGAGGUCAAGAAAAUAAUACUACAAUUGUUGGAAUAUCAUUAGUUCCGCCUUUUUCAUUACCAAGAAAAUCACAAAAUGAACCUGAAAGUGAUAACGAAGGUGAAGAAAAAAAUACUACAAUUGUUGGAAUGGCAUUAGUUCCGUCGUUCUCAUUACCAGAAGAAGAAUUACCAUCUUGCUCAGAAUUGGAAAAGAAACAAAUAUGUGAAGUUCCUUCAAUGUUGCGGAAAAUUACUUUGGAAUCAAGUAAAUACUCAGAUGUGAUGGUUACCAACCUACGUAAGAUACGCAAACGUCGCAGAUAUAAGUCUAGUCUGAUAUCGAUACAUUCACGUCUUCGUCGCUACAUAUCUUUAAAUUCUCAUAAAUCAAGAAAAUUCUUUGAUCUACCAGACGGUGAUGAUGAGGAAGUACAACGUACGGUUUCAUAUGAAAGUUUUAAAUCUUUUGAAGAAGAUGUGAUUGAGUGUUCAUCAAAAACGGAUGCCUUCACCUCCACAGAAAUUGAACAAGAAAAUAAAAGAACGCAAACAUUUACAGAGAAAUCGGAAAGUUAUGUACAAGUUACUGAUGAUUACAAUGCAGAGAAAUUAAUGCAAGUCAUACCUUCCGAUAUGCGUAGUUUUGUUUAUAUGCUGAAGUCGACUGCUCAAUUAUCAAAUAAUGAGUCAGAUGAAUGCAAUAUGAAAAUUGUACAAGAGUGGGAACUUAACAAAGAAUUUCGUGAUGGUAUUGUACUGCUUAGAACUUACACUAUCGCUCAAACAGAGAACAACAAAAAACCAUUCGAAAAUUAUGAAGAUUAUGUUCAUGCUUUGUCAACUAUUCAAAUUCUCAAAGAAAUUUUCAAACCAGCCACAGUGCCGAUACUUGAGCGUUUCGAGACAGGAAUUAAUGAACAACUCAUGUUAUACCACACUAAUCAAAUGGAAUCCAGGUUCUAUUGUACUAUUUAUGUACCUGUCAAGCGUCAAAUGUCAUUCAAAGUAGUUAAUAACGCAAAGAAACUAUAAGAACUCAAAAUCUCAAGAACUGUAAGGGCUGUAAGCUGCUGUCCUUUGUGUCGCUUUCGCGAUAUAUAUGAAAAUUAUAUAAAACCAAUCAGAUAUAUAUCUAAACCAAGAAUUCAUAUACAUAUCUCUAAAAAUACAACUUUUGGUAAAAAAUAUAUACUAUAACUGUGAUAAAAAUAAAUUUUUAUGAUUUCAA